GUGAACGUAACAACUGCGUCACACGCGCGCCGUUUCACUGUUGAUGCGCCGACAUACCCUUAAAUCCAAGGAUAGAUGUUUCGAUUUCAGUCCCUGGAUGAAGACUGUACAUUGGAGGAGGAAGAUGACGGAGUAGUCGAAGAAGAAGAAGAAAUUGAUCAGUUUAACGAUGACACCUUUGGAGCUGGAGCUGUUGAUGAUGACUGGCAAGAGGAACAUAAGCGCCUUGCUGAGCUUGAUGAGCGAGAUGAGCUUGGAGAGGGGCUUGGGUUGGGAGUGGGGGUGAAAGAUGAAUCAGAUUUAGGAGAUGCUGAGAAUUCAUCGUGCACCUAUGUCACAUCUGGCGGGGGCCAUACCCCCUUUCACGCACCCCUCCCUUUACCCCACCAGUCCUCUUUGUCUGGCAUGCAACAAACAGAUGUGGAAGAUGGAAGAAGGGAAGGUGACUUGGCUGAGUCGCUGGCAAGACUUGUCCUGGAAGCUGACCCAGCUAUUGCUGGAGUUGGGGCAGCAGAGAGGCCUAUUUUUUCUCAAAACCAAAGGUUGGGGCACGACUCGAGGUCCAGAGCCCUGCACCAACCUUCCCCCAUUUCACAUUCACCUCAUCCCCACCAGCAGCCCCAUCAGCACCAACGGCCUGCUGCGCCCUCCACCUCAGGCCAUCCUCCCUCAUCAAUGCUCACCUAUCAACAGCAGCAACAUUUACUUCGCUCUGUACCUGGUACCAUUGGCCAGAUGAACUCACGCAAUAUCUGGGAGAACCGGAUGGGUUUUGGACCAGUCAGUGUUACCCCGGGACUAGUUACACACAUGGAGCUGCCUCUUCAGGAUAGUCCGUUAAUGUCAAUAAUAAAGGAGGUGGGACUUCCAAAACGUCCAUCUCAGGGGCAGAAUGAUGGCCGUGAUUUGUCAGAAAGGGUUCCACCACCGCGCUCUUCUUCUCCUGUGAUUGGCUCCCCUCCAGUAAGGGCAGUGCCUAUUGGGACUCCGCCGAAACAACCAAUGGGUCACUCCUUAAAUCAUCAGAUUCAUCAUCCCACAGCAGUUCAUGUGCGCGCCCCCAUCCAGCACAGAUACCCACCUCCUUUCCCUGAACGUCUGUCACCCAACACUCUGCUCAAUUUCGCUAACUCGCCACUUUGUCGUGGACCAUUUCCUCCAGGAAUCAGUCCAGUGCUGUCACAGAUUCAACGGGCCCAGCUUCUCAACUCUCAGGUAGCCGGAGUCCACCGUGGUGGUCCCGUGCCUCCUUUGUUACCAGCUGGUGGUGGUUUCAGACCAUUUUUCAGUGGCCCACACUCUACACACGGUCAUCGGAUGGGUCUGCCGCAUCCUCAUGGCCACCCCAUCCACAUGCCACCCAUCAGGCACAACGCCACUCACCUCCAUCCUCAACACCGGCGCAUACUUACCCAGCGAAUGCAAAACAGGGGCGGGGACCGAAGCAGAACUGGAGGGGACUGGCGCAGCAGGGACCCGUAUAGUAACCUGAUGACUCAGAAAGAGAAAGAAUGGGUCACUAAAAUCCAAAUGAUGCAACUUCAAAGUACUGACCCUUUCCUGGAUGACUACUACUACCAGCACUACUAUGAAAAGAUGGAGAAACGUCAGGAGAAAGAAAGAGACAGCAGUAAAAAAGAACACACUACCAAGCUCAUCACUCCACAAGUUGCCAAGAUUGAACACACCUAUAGACCAGUUCAGUUUGCAGGAUCUUUGGGUAAGUUGACAGUUUCAAGUGUCAACAAUCCACGUAAAAUGAUUGACGCAGUAGUGACCACACGCUCAGAUGAUGAGGAGAAAAGAGAAAAGCAGGUUUGGAAUAAGAGACGGCAGAUUCUGUACACUGUGGAAAAGAUCUACAGUUUGCUUCUCGAGGUUCAAGACUUUGAGAAACGUUUUGUCCAUGCACCAGAGGAGGACAGGGAGGCUUUACUGGAGCAGCACAAAACCAAUACUAUGCAGCUCUGUAACUCUCUACAAGAGAAGGAGUGGGAUGACAGGGUGAGUGAUGAGCAGUGUGUAAUGAUCAUGUCGGUGAGGAAAGGCAAGCGGCUCAUCUCCAGGCUCCUCCCCUACCUACCCCCCUCCCAGGCUGCUGCCGUUGUUAUGACAAUCGCCCGCAACCUUCCAACCCUGGCCAAGAAGGACAAGCAGGACCAGGAGUGGACGGCCUACAGAGAUUCCCCCAAGAGAACAGCAAUGACUCGUCCAGGAGGCCACAAACGAACUCAGGACAACUUCUAAAGAACUGCAGUCCUCCCUUGCCUCAGUUAAGGUCAGUGUUCAUGACACAAUAUGGAAGAGACUGGGCAAAAAUAGCAUCCAUGGCAGAGUUCCAAAGCCAAAACCACUACUGACCAAAAAAACAUAAAGGCUCGUCUUACUUACCAGAAAGAUCUGAAUGAUUCCCAAGACGUUUGGGAGAAUAUUAUAUGGACUGAUGAGAUGAAAGUUGAGCGUUUUGCAAGGUGUGUGUCUUGUUACAGCUGCCGUAAAUGUAGCACAGCAGUUCAGGAAAAGAACAUCCUACCAACAGUCUAAUGUGGUGGUAGUGUGAUGGUCUUGGGCUGCUUAGUUCCUUCAGGACCUGUGAUUGAUGGAACCAUACAUUCUGCUAUUUAACAGAAAAUCCUGAAUUUUAGUUGUUGCUGCUGAGGAUGGCCCAACCCGAUGUUAGGAUUAGGGUACCAUUACUUUUUCAUACAGAGCCAGGUAACUAAAUAGUUUUUUUUCCAUAGUAAAUAUCACCAUUUAAAAGCAGCGUUUUAAGUUCACUUGGGUUAUGUUUGUCUAUUUACAUUUGUUUGAUGAUCUUCAACAUUAAAGUGGGGAAACUAUGCAAAAAUAAAAAAAUCUGAGGAGGGGGCCAAUACUUUUUCACGGGGUUAAAUAAGCUUUUUUAUUAGACAGAAAAGAGCUAUCACAAAGUUAUCACUCAACAGUUAGCAAUAAAUACAGAGUCCAUACACGACGGUGUCAUAGAGACUAAAUUGGAUAUUGGGGGGGAAAGGGGCAACACUUGAUAAUUAAACAGGUCAAGAGGGUUACAAACAAACACGCACAUGUAUAGAAAGAAAAUUACACGUGGUUAUGACCUCCCCCUUCGUGAUAAGGCUGGAAAUUGUACUGUUCAAAUGUUUUCAGCUCAGUCUCCACGUAAACCCAAAGUCUUUUUGCCUCCUAAUUCCGUGGGGAAUAUUUAAGGGACUAAACAGAAUCCAAAGCGGAAGAGAAGCAUCUCAAAUGGCAGUUGGGCUUCCCAGCAGUUGCCUGCCAUCUUAGCAUCUGAUCCAGUUGGUGCUGGCCAAGCUUCAAAAGAGCCAUCACUGAGUGAUAGUGCUUCCAGACCCUUCGCUCUGUACCGCCGCCUCCCACUUAGGAUGGGCCUCCGCCUCUCUGGGCAUCUUGACUGGUGGAGCCCUCGACCUCAGGGGGUUUAGAAGCCUCGGGCUCUCCUGCAUCCUUUAAGUCCAUCUCUGCCAAGUCUUUGGUGAUGUCCCGGGGGCUGGCCUCCUCUUUGCCCGCAGGCACCGCGUUCCUGCAGCCGGUACAAUCACAGUUGAUGAAGUCAUCUCUCCAUGACCAGCGCUCUAAUUACAGCUUGAUCUGUUUGUCACAAUUUUAUUCUCUCUUAAUCAUUAAAAAAAGACAUAAAUAAAUACAACUUAAAAUAGUUCAAUGCAGAAUUUCUGCCUCGAAGCUCCGCGAGGACCAAAAAAAAGGGGGGGAGGGAAGGGAAAAAAAAGGUUCUGCCUGGGGCCAUGUUUGCACCAACGGAACCAAUGUUUUACACGGACAUUUAUUGUAAGCGGGCAUAGUGUUGGGCCACUAAACUUUGCCAAAAACAACAGGAGCGUCUGUGUUUUUUAAGAUACUAUUAAAUGUGUAAUGUACAUAUAACAUGUAUGAGUGAGCGGAAUAGUAGCGAGCUUUUUUAAAAAUGUAUUUAUUAAUUUUUUACCUAAAAUGGUAUUUGCUAGCGGCGGCACGGUGGAUUGACUGGUUAGAGCAUCUGCCUCACAGUUCUGAGAACCGGGGUUCAAUCCCCGGCCCCGCCUGUGUGGAGUUUGCAUGUUCUCCGGGCACUCCGGUUUCCUCCCACAUUCCAAAAACAUGCGCGGUAGCUUAAUUAAGACUCAAAAUUGCCCGUAGGUGUGAAUGUGAGUGCGAAUUUGUUUGAGUGCCCCGCCUCCUGCCCGAUGAUAGCUGGGAUAGGCUCCAGCACUCCGGCGACCCUUGUGAGGAUAAGCGGCUCAGAAAAUGGAUGGAUGGUAUUUGCUAGCGCACUAAUGUGAAUCGCGAAUGCUAACUGUUGAUCAAAGGCUGAUUUUGUCUCAAAUUCUGUGCAGUUUUACCACUGAUGUCAAACUCAAGGCCCGAGGGCCAAAUCUGGCCCGCCAAGUCAUUUUAUGUGGCCCACGAAAGCAAAUCUGUGUCGACUUCCAUGAUUCUUGCUCAAAUUCUCAUAUAUAAUAAAUAGGAUCGUUGAGGAAUUGCAAGCAUUUUCUGUUUACAGUAACUUGAACAAUAGUUGAACAAACUAUUAUCCUUGACUUCUGAUUUCAAAACUAGGUAUCCAUCAAUUUGUUGUGUGUAUGUAAUAAUAUUACGAAGUGACUAAACAUUUAUAUGGUUUAACAGUCAACGGCCCUCUGAGGAAAACCGUGAUUACAAUGUGGCCCGUGACAAAAAUGUUUGACACACCUGCUUUAUACCAUACACUCAAUACCAUCAUAUAAAGUUUAAGGAAAGAAGUGCGGCGCUCAUAAAUGAAAAUAAAAUGCAUGUUAGUUGUAAGUAGGUAGUAGUUCGGCGGUGGAGUGGGUGAAGUUAGAAAAUGCCAUGCACCAAGCAGUCACUGGUAGUACCCAGAAAGCACGGAGGUUGGAUGAGUGUUUGACGUUGACGCACCAUUUUUUGUUUUGUUUUUUUACAAUAUAGUGUUUCUUUCAUCAAAUUAAUAUAAGAAAUUUGUACAAGCGUUACAGUCUGAGCGAGUCAGCGUUCAGUGAUUCCCACAACAAAAUGCGGCUGUUCCCCUACAUUUGACACCUCUGUUUUUGACCAAUCAGCGAUCGACUUUCUUUUUACCUCUGCUGUCCACAGCUGCUGCCACGCAGUUUUCAUUUCUGUUGUCAAUCCAUUCUCUUUUCGUCAAGUUACGAGAAAUAAACUGUUCAAUCUUUGUUUUGAGAACUGCUGACCACUGAGGAAAAGGUUUUAUUUGUCUGUAAACUUUAAAAACAGACAUCACAUGUUUUAGAGACUGAAAUUGCGGAAUGCAUCACGAAAUACCCCAUUUUAGGUCGCAUUUUGUCACGCAAUACCAGAUAUUUCGAACCCUGGAUUUGGGUAGUGUUUGAUUGCGGCCCUGAAUCUUUUUUUGGGUGUAAAACAGACAAUUUGUGUUUGUCUUCGUAUUUCAGUCCACUUGGGAUAAAUUCAGUUGCUUCAACACACACUUAGCUAUAUGAGAUUCCACAGUUGACUGUGCAUGUCAGGGCACAAACCAAGCAUAAAGUCAAAGGAAUUGUCUGUAGACCUCUGAGACAGGGUCAUCUAGAGACCGCUCUGGUGAAUGCGACAGAAAUUGUUUUGCCUUUCGUGCUAGCCGUCGUCAACCUUUAUUCAUGUGCACAAACCAAUGUUAAACGAAGCUUUAGAGCGCAAGUGUCAAACUCAAGGCCCGGGGGCCAGAUAAGGCCCGCCACAUCAUUUUAUGUGGCCCGCGAACGCAAAUCAUUUGCUUGAAACGCCAUGAUUCUUGCGAAAAUCUGUGCAAAAAAUUUAAAUUGUCAUAUGUAAUAAAUAAUAAAGGUAUGAUACUGCAACCAUGUCUUUUGUUACCAACACCCUUUUUACAGUACAGUAACUUGAAUAAUAGUUGAACAAAGUAUUACACUUGACUUUGUAUUUCAAAACUAGUCAUCCAUCGAUUUGUUGUCUGUGUAAUAAUAUAAGGAGGUGAUUCAACAUUUAUAUUUCACAAUCAUAACCCUCUGAGAGAAACCGUAACUACGAUGUGGCCUGCGUCAAAAAAUGAGUUUGACACCCCUGCUUUAGAGCAUGAUUCAACAGAAAGAAAGCCAGCAUGUUUACGUACAAAUGUUAGUGAUAGCACUAGCUUGGCUAGCUCAGUAAUAAAAGUACAGUCCUGCUCAUCAUUAUUGGCACCCCUUAAUUUUUUGCAUAAGCUGUAUAAUAUCUUAAGAAAUAAAACGACAUGUACCAAACUUAUAUCAUCAGGAUCUCUUAAUUAAAGGUCCAAACUUAUUUGAUAAACAUUUUUUUUUUCAACUGAGAUAUUGUAAUUUUAAAGAAAAAAAAAAACAACAUGUGAAGCAACAUUGGUAUUCCUCAAUAUUUGGUUGCACACCGUUUGGCAGUGAUGACAGCCACUAAAUGUUUCUUGUAUCCAUCAAUAGGCUUUUUGCACUUCUCAUGUAGUAUUUUUCUCCCACUCUUUCUUUGCAUUUUCUUCAAGUUCUUGAACAUUUGCAGAGUUCAUUUCCCCAAUGGCAGAUUUCAGUUCCCCCCAAAGAUGUUCAAUUGAAUUGAGAUCAGGACUCAUUGGAGGCCAUUUUAAAACAGUGCAUUUUCCAUUCCUUUUCUUGCUGGAGGACCCAUGAUCUUUCCCUCAAACCAUGUUGUCUUAUACUAGGUAAGACAUUUUGCUCUAAAAUCUCUUGAUAAUUUUCUGAUUUCAUGAUACCCGUGAUACAAUGAAGGCCUCCAGAACCAGAUUUACCAAAGCAGCCCCACAGCAUUAUGGAUCCUCCACCAUGCUUGACUGUUGGCAAGGUGUUCUUUUCCUUAAAGGCUUCUUUGUGCCAUCUGUAAACAUACUGUGUGUGUGUGCAUUGCCAAAAAGCUCUAUUUCUGUUUCAUCUGUCCAUAAAAUGUUUUCAAUACAUUCUCUAUACAAAAAUGUUUCACUUUCUUCAGGGGGUAUUCCACAUUUAAGUCACUGAUGGUGUAGUGGUACACUAGCCUGACUUUGGUGCGGGCAGCGUGGGUUCAGUUCCCACUCAGUGACGGAGUAAAUGUGAGUGCGGAUGGUUGUCAGUGUCAAUUUGUGCCCUGCGACUGACUGGCGACCAGUUCAGGGUGUAGUCUACCUUUCGCCCGAAGUCAGCUGGGAUGGGCUCCAGUGCCCCGCAACCCUAACCAGGAUAAGCGGUAUUGAGAAUGGAUGGAUGGUAUUUCAUAUUUAGUACUUAAACUUCAUGGGUGCCAAUAAUGGUAAUGCAAGAUUUCUGACGGAGGAGUGCAAAGAAUAAUCAGAAGAGUUGUCCAAGACCCAAGGACCACCUUGGAGAGCUUCAAAAAGACCUGGAAUUAGCACGUACUGUUGUCACAAGGAUAACUGUGAGUAAUACACUCCGCCGCCCUGGCCUGUUUGCACACUCACUACGCAAAACAAAAAGCGUGUCAAAGCUCGUUUAAAGUUUGCUGAACAACAUUUGGACAAGCCAGUUAAAUACUGGGAGAAUAUAGUCUGGUCGGAUGAGAGCAAAUUUGAACUGUUUGGAUGCCAUAAUGCACACCACGUUUGGAGGAGAAAUGGAACUCCAAAUCACCCUAAAAACAUCAUACCCACAGUGAAGUUCGCAGUUGGGAACAUGAUGGUGUUGUGCUGAUUUUCAGCAAAUUGGUAUUUAACAUUUUUCUGACUAAAUAUAUUUCCAAAGGUGCUAUUGACAUGACAUUUUCACCAGAUGUUGGGAACAACCCAAGAAAUCCAUACAUACAAAGAAAGUACAACAAAUAACAAGAUAAAUUAAUUUGUGUUUAAUAAUAUGAAAUGACACAGGGAAAAAGUGUUGAACACAUAAAGAAAGGGUGGUGCAAAAAGGCACCUAAAAGACACCUUUAGACACCUAAAAUCUAUCAAUAAUCAAACAGCAAUCCAGCAACUUGUCAGUGCAAAUGGAUAUCAGAUGUUAAGUCGUAACUGAUGGCCUACAAAAUGGUCUCAUUGCCAAGGUGUGAGUCAAGACACAUCUCAUGAUGGGUAAGAGCAAAGAGCUGUCAGUUAAAUACUGGGAGAAUAUAGUCUGGUCUGAUGAGAGCAAAAUUGAACUGUUUGGAUGUCAUAACGCACACCAAGUUUGGAAGAAAAAUGGCACUGCACAUCACCCCUAAAAACACCUUAUCAACAGUCAAAUUCGGAGGUGGGAACAUGAUGCUGUGGGGCUGCUUUUCAACAAAUGGUACUGGUAAACGUCACAUUAUUGAAGGAAGGAUGAAUGGGCAAAUGUACCGAGACAUUCUUGACAAAAAUCUGCUGCCACCUACGAGGAUGAUGAAAAUAAAACGGGGGUGGACAUUUCAGCAGGAUAAUGAUCACAAACAUGCUGCCAAGGAAACUCUCAAUUGGUUUAAAAGAACAAAAAUAAAGCUGCUAGAAUGGCCCAGCCAAUCACCUGACUUGACUCCAAUCGCAAAUCUAUGGAAAGAACUGAAACUCAAGGUCCAUAAAAGAAGACCACGGAACCUUCAAGAUUUGAAGACAGCUUGUGGAGAGGAAUGGGCCAAAAUCACAGCAGAGCAAUGCAUGAGACUAGUUUCUCGAUACAGGAGGAGUCUUGAACCUGCCAUUGCAACCAAAGGCUUUUGUACAAAGUAUUAAAUAAAUACCAGUUGGCGUGUGCAAUACUUUUUCCUUGUGUUAUCCACAACUUAAUUUCUGAGCUUAUUUGUUAUACUUUCUUUGCAUGUAUGGUUUACUUGGGUUGUUCCCAACAUAUGGUGAAAUUUUCAUGUCAAUAGCACCUUUGGAAAUAUAUUUAAUGAGAAAAAUGGUGACGUGUUAAAUACUUAUUUCAGCAGCUGUAGCUGCUCCCCAUCCAACCUGAUUUGGUGGAGCGAAGAGGAAUGGGUGUAACUGUCCAAACGUAGGUGUGCCAAUAGUGGCAUAAUAUUCAAAAUGAUGUGAUUUUCUCGUUUUUUAUUUUUAAUAAAUUUGCAUUAUGGGGUGCAGAAUUUUGAACAAAAUGAAUUUACUUUAUUCCACUUUGGAAUAAGGCUGUGUGGUGGAUGGUGGUGUCACAAACUCAAAGCACCAAAUGACCACCCUUGUGUUCUUUAUUGUGAGGGUGAGGAGCUCUUAAUAAACCACACACAAAGUUAUAGCUGUAUACAUUUAAUGGUUCCAGCAAUGCGAUUUUUAAAAAUAAUGGACAUCUGUAGGGUAAAAGCAAGAUAAAAUUACUACUAAGAAAGUCCACUAGUCCUUGGUACGCACUCCCAUCCAGUCCACGGUUGAGGUCGCACCACCAUGCCUCGUCCGUCCUGCCUGGAAGAAAAGGGGAGGGGGAACAGCCAGCAAGCUACACCACAACAACCAGCUCUGGCUCUUUGUCUGUAUUCAGGGACAGAUUCCAGCAACAGUGUGUGGGUUUGAGAAACUCACAGCUUCUGCCACUCACGGCUGUCAGCUUCUAUCACACCGUUGCAUCUCUCCUCCAGCUUGUGGUCUGGCGAGGAACCAACGUUACAGCAAUGUGUCCAGGCCUCUGGCAGCAACAACCAACAUUCCAUCCUGUCAUCUGAUUGUGUGUAGAUUGAUGUAGAUGUAGAUUGUGGGAGGGGCCCAUUACUCAGUGACAAUUGGCCAUCAUAAACAGCUUGUAACACCUGAUUGGCUGGUACAAGUGUCAGUCUCCAAGUCUCACUCAAUUAACUUGCAUGGAAAUAAAACUCAAAAGACUGCACCCAAACAUUAUAAACCAAACCAAUCAAACACAUAAUAUAUGUAGCAAACAAAAUAGUCAAACUGAACCAUUCAAGUGAAGAUAAUACCAGCGCAACUAUUACAGCUGUCACAUAAAAUGUGUAAAAAGUUAAGUCCUGCGAAUACUUCCUGGAUGCGCUGUAGUAAAACUGGAGUUUUCCCCACGAUAAGUAAAAUAUAAUUGAUCGAUUUUUGUACUCGUCUUUGAUGUGCUGUUUAAGUUUAAUUGACAAAGUAGGUUUAAAAAAUAUUUUUUUUUCACAUUUUGAUCAUGUUUUCAAGACAAACCUUUAUUGGCUUUUUGGAGGGGUUCAGGGGGGUAUGUUAUGUGGGGAUAAACGCAGUGCGCCAUCUCUGUCAGGAUGUUUAAAAGUUGCGUGGAUGAAAGAGCAUGGGAUAGGCAGAUCUACAGUUGUUUGGAAUUGUUUUUUAAGUAAAAUAUUUGUGUUUGAUAUUUGUGGCAGUGAAUUCUUUUGACAGGUACUGUAUAUGCUUAUCCAGACUGGUAAUGUUUCUGA